AUGGACGGGGUGACCCGGGCCCUUCUCCUCCUGUUGGCUGGACUGCCUGUCUUGGAAGCCAAUGACGUGAUUGAUAAAGACAGUCCCUUCUACUAUGACUGGGAAGGCCUGCAGCUGGGCGGGAUGAUCUGUGCAGGCCUCAUGUGCAUCGCUGGAAUCUUGUUCGCCCUGAGUGGCAAAUGCAAAUGCAAGAACAAGCAGAAGCACGGCUCCUUACCUGAGAAAGCUGUUCCACUCCUCACUCCAGGCUCUGCCAGUACCUGCUGA